UCGCGGGGACUGAUGGACGUUCCCGACAGCCCGGAGCGAAACCCCUGCUCUCCUGAGGAAGAGGACCAGCAGCUUUCUGAUGAGGAGGUCCUGAAGGAGAGCGGCUCCGAGCGGGAACUCGAUGGGGAGGGUGGCCAGGGGAGCCUCCUGGGCGAGGAGGAGGAGGCAGGCAGGGCCCUGAGCCGGGCAGAGGAGGAGGAGAACCACUCUGACGAGGAAGAUCGGCUGAGUGAGGCCAAGUCGCAGGAAUCCGACACCAACGAGCAGGGCGUGGAGCUGAAGAGCCCCCGUCCCCGGAAGGGGGAGGAGGAAGACAGGACAAACGACCUGGAAGUGUCCUCUGUCACCAGGGAGCUGGAUGAGCACGAGCUGGACUAUGAUGAGGAGGUUCCCGAGGAACCCAGCGCUGCUCCUGCAGAGGAGGACGGGGAGAAAGCUGCUGGGGAGGAUGAUGAGGAAGAGGAGAAAGGAGAUGAUGCCCCUGAGGAUGAGAAGAAAUCCAGCAGUAAAAGUGAUGAUGAGAAGGAUGGGCAGGAUCCCCUCAAGGAGAAGAAGAAAGAAGAGGAUGAUGGGGAAAUUGAUGAUGGAGAAAUUGAUGAUGAUGACUUGGAAGAAGGGGAGGUUAAAGACCCCAACGACAGGAAGGUGAGGCCCAGGCCCACCUGCCGCUUCUUCAUGAAAGGACACUGCACCUGGGGCAUGAACUGUCGCUUUAUCCACCCCGGAGUGAACGACAAAGGAAAUUACUCACUCAUCUCCAAACCUGAGCCCUUCUCCCCCAACGGGGCCCCUCCCAUGGGCCCUCACCCGCUGAUGCCAGCCAACCCCUGGGGAGGCCCAGUGGUUGAUGAAAUCUUACCUCCACCUCCUCCAGACCCUCCCACAGAAAGUGCCUGGGAGAGGGGACUCCGGCACGCUAAAGAGGUAUUAAAAAAAGCAACAAUGAGGAAGGAGCAGGAGCCUGACUUUGAGGAGAAGAGGUUCACAGUGACCAUCGGGGAGGACGAGCGGGAGUUCGACAAGGAGAACGAAUUCUUCCGGGACUGGAAUUACCGCAUCACCCGCGACGUGCGGGACCCCGCGGAGGUGGACAUCAAAGAAAACAUUAACUAUGGGCUUGAUCCCUAUGCAGAUCCCUAUUAUGACUAUGAAAUAGAGCGCUUCUGGCGUGGUGGGCAGUAUGAGAAUUUCAGGGUUCAGUACACAGACCCCGACCCCUACCGUAACUACAGAGUCCUCUUCUCGUUCAUCCACCUACUCGGGGUCCGGCUCCUCCCGCUCGCGCUCCAGGUCCUCCUCGUACAGCUCCUACUCCAGUCGCUCCUCCAGGCACAGCUCUUUCUCAGGCAGCAGGUCCAGGUCAAGGUCCUUCUCAUCUUCUCCCUCUCCUUCUCCCACACCAUCUCCUCACAAGCCACUGGCCAAGGCUAAAGGGGAAUUAUUGCCACCUCCUGGGAAAGGGGAGAAAUCUGUGAAGAAACUCACUGCCCUCCCAGUCCCUCAGCCACUCACAAAAAUUACAGCAGCAGCCCCGGAGGCAGCCAAGGCAGGGGACAAUCGGGAGGCCAGGAGGAAGGAACGUCAGACAAGGACUCCACCCAGGAGGAGGACCAUCAGUGGCAGCAUCAGUGGCAGUGCCAGCAGCUACAGCGGCUCCAGCUCCCGCUCGAGGUCCUUGUCCCGCUCUCUCUCCAGAUCUCAUUCCAGAUCAUCCUCUGCCUCAGUGUCCCACUCUCCCUCUGGCUCAAGGAAAUCCAGGUCCCUGAGCGUGAGCAGCGUCUCCUCCGUGUCCAGUGCCUCGUCCAGCAGCAGCUCCGUGCGCAGCGCCGACUCCGAGGACAUGUACGCAGACCUGGCCAGCCCCGUGUCCUCGGCCAGCUCCCGCUCCCCCACCCCGGCCCAGCAGAAGAAAGGAAAGUCAAAAAAAGAAGACAGUGCUAAAGAGGAGAAGAGGAAACGAGAUGUGCCCGCUCAGCUCCUGAAAUCAGCCAAGCCCACCCCGGGCAGCAAAUCCCAGCAGCUGCCCCAGGGCCAGCAGCCCUCGGCCCCCCAGGCACAGCAGGGCAGCUUCAGUGGGCACAAGGAGAUCAAGCUGACCCUCCUGAACAAGGCAGCUGACAAAGGAAGCAGGAAGAGAUACGAGCCAGCAGACAAAGAGAGGCCAAGCUCUCCUCCAGCCAAACGGGCCAACCUGUCCCCUGACAGAGGCUCUCGCGAUAGGAAGGCGGCCGGGAGACCCUCGUCCCCCAAACAGGAGCGGCAGCGGGGCCAGAACCCAAAACCUUCCCCUGCACAGGCAGACAGGAAACGCCAGCUGUCCCCUCAGUCCAAGAGCUCCAGCAAAGUCACCAGCGUGCCGGGCAAGGGCGCGGAGCCGGGCCCUGGCGCUGCCAAGGGCGGCAAAUCCAGCACCCUGUCCCGCAGGGAGGAGCUCCUGAAGCAGCUCAAGGCCGUGGAGGACGCCAUCGCCCGCAAACGCGCCAAGAUCCCGGGCAAAGUAUAGUGGGCUGUGCCCCCCAGUGACUGCUGAGGUUUUUAUAAAGAGAGGCAGAAGCGGCCGCUUUGGGAUUUUGCAGUUCCUCGUCUUCGUUUUGGCCGCGCGGUUCUUUUUAAAAAAAUAAAACAAAAAAACAAACGUAAAACCCACACACACACACACACAUACACACACACACAUCCACACACAACAAAGAAAUUAAGGAAGUUUUUGCCCGAUGAGCGGCUCCGGGAGGGCUCCGGGGCCCUGUAAAUGUGCACAGAGGACUCCAGCCCUGGGUGCUCCCAGCUCUCCUGUGUCCCCUCUCCUCUUUGCUAGCCUCCAGUUGUAUUCUCCUAGUUAGCCCUGCUGUGUGUUGAGUGUCUUCAGCAAUGCAGUUCUAGUCCCGUGUGCCGAGAGAGCCGAAAACUGCUGUGAACUGCUGGCAGCACCCUCCUCCCCCAGGAACAAUAUAAAUAUAUCUAUUCCUGCCUCAG